AUGUUCCCCAUUGUUCUCCAUGUCCCCACCGAAUUCCCCCAAUGUCCUCAGUGUUCCCAAUGUCCCCAAGGUCCCCUGGUGUCCCCAAGGUCCCCCAAUGUCCCCGAUGUCCCCGAUGUCCCCAGUGUCACACACCUCCCUCGUCCACGAUGGUGCCAUGUGCCACCAGCCCCAAAUGUCCCCAAUGUCCCCAAUCCCCCAGUGUCCCCAAUGUCCCCGAUGUCCCCAAUGUCCCCAGUGUCCCCGUACAGAUCCUUGUCCCCAGUGUCCCCAAUGUCCCCAGUGUCCCCAAUGUCCCCACCCCCCAAUGCCCCUGAUGUCCCCAAUCCCCCCAGUGUCCCCAAUCCCCCCAAUCCCCCCAGUGUCCCCAAUGUC